AUGCCAUACAUAAUCUACGCCCCACGUCAACCGCGCUCCUUCGUAACCAACAACCCCAUCAUCUACAUGGAAGCACGCUUCUGGGGCUGGAAAGUCGAGUCGCAGCCUUACGACGACGAAUACUGCUACUUUGUACGCAAGCGAGAGCAGAGGCGCUAUGAGACGGAGAGGAGGAUUCAGGAGUUGGAGAGGAUUUGGGCGGAGGAGCGGGAGAGGAGG